CUCCCCUCUCUGCUUUCACCUCCUCUCCUGUGUGCACGCUGUGCCCGUUUGAUGCUGCUGCUCCUCUCCUGUUCACCUCCCUCCUUUCCUUUCCUUUCUUCCUAAAACACUUCCUCUUUUCAUCUGUCUGUACUUUCCCCUCUCUGUUCUCCGCUCUGUAAUUCUGCUCGUCUGCACUCCUUCACAGCCGGAUAUAAAGGCAGGUCCGGCUGGAGGGAGAGGGCUUGUGUAAUCUCUGGCAGCGCACGAGCACCAAAGAUUCCUUCUUUCAGCGGGAGAGCGGGGAAGCCAGGGAGGACGGAUCAAAACUUUGCAACAGGAGGAGGAAAAGGAGAUAAAUGAGUGAAGAGAAAGGGGAGAAGGAAGAUUUCAACAGCGAGUGAGUGGAGCCACGGUGACCAUGCCGGGCUGCUUGGUGCUGCUGCUGUCUCUGCUGGUCCUCUCCACGGGGAGUGAUGCCAGACGGAUCAGGAAACGAGGACUCAACCAUAAGGACUACGAGUACCCCAACCACCCCGAGUCCACGCAGCACCAGAAGAACGACCGGUGUCCACCUCCUCCUCAGAUGCUGCCGGAGCGAGCCUGUGAUGUCCCCGGCUGCCGCUCUGACUCUGAGUGUGAGCACCACAAAAGAUGCUGCUACAACGGCUGCAUCUACGCCUGCCUGGAGUCCGUCCAGCCUCCCCCAGUGCUGGACUGGCUGGUUCAGCCCAAACCUCGAUGGUUAGGAGGAAACGGCUGGCUGCUAGACGGGCCGGAGGAGGUUCUGCAAGCUGAAGCGUGCAGCACAACGGAGGAUGGAGACGAGCCUCUGCACUGUCCUACCGGCUAUGAAUGCCACAUCAUCAACCCAGGAAACCCUGCAGCUGGAAUCCCCAACCGGGGACAGUGCAUCAAGCAACGGGUCAAUUCUGAUGGACGAGGUUUGAGGCACAAACACUUCAAGGACUACAAGGACUACUUGGGUUCCAGUUCUAACAACGCCGUGGCCUACGAAAAACAUCACCACAAGCACCUGGGAUGAAGAGGAGAUGGUGGAUUUCAUCUGCUUUCAAUCGUCACUUCACAGCCAUGAUCUGGAGUUCAGGACUAGGAAAUAAAUUAAAAUAAUGCGCCCUUUGAGAUGGUUUAUCAUAAAUGUGUUGGAAGCAGAGCUUCAAAAUGCAGAAAGAAGAAAAAGGAGCCGGAGACAAAGCAGAGAAGAUUAAACAGGCGGUUCAUCAGCUGAUCAAAGGUUUCAGAACAUAGU